ACAGGUCCAAGCUAGACUCUCACUGUCCUGCACCCGACCCCCAAUCUGUUCUUCCUUUUUCUGUCUCAGCCGCAGAAUUCUCCCGCCCCCUCCCUUGAGCACCCAGCCCUCUUGUUUCCGAUUUCAAGCCGGAACCGGAAGUUCAGUGGGCGGAGCCCGGCGGCGGAAAACGCCGCGGAGCCAGAGCCGGGACUCGGCUGUGGCCGCUGCUCUCGUCCCCGCCACGGAUCGCCGUGGCUCCAGGCUGAAGGUCGGUCCGGAGGCGGGUGGGCGCAGGUCUCCCCCGGAGUGUCCGGGCGGCAGCUUCCCGGGCUCCGCAAGGGAUCAUGUCUACAGCCUCCGCCGCUUCCUCCUCCUCCUCGUCGUCGGCCGGUGAGAUGAUCGAAGCCCCCUCUCAAGUCCUCAACUUUGAAGAGAUCGACUACAAGGAGAUCGAGGUGGAAGAGGUUGUUGGAAGAGGAGCCUUUGGAGUAGUUUGCAAAGCUAAGUGGAGAGCAAAAGAUGUUGCUAUUAAACAAAUAGAAAGUGAAUCGGAGAGGAAAGCUUUUAUUGUAGAGCUUCGGCAGUUAUCCCGCGUGAACCAUCCUAAUAUUGUAAAGCUUUAUGGAGCCUGCUUGAAUCCAGUGUGUCUUGUGAUGGAAUAUGCUGAAGGGGGCUCCUUAUAUAAUGUGCUGCAUGGUGCUGAACCCUUGCCAUACUACACGGCUGCCCACGCAAUGAGCUGGUGUUUACAGUGUUCCCAAGGGGUGGCUUACCUUCACAGCAUGCAGCCGAAAGCGCUCAUUCACAGGGACCUGAAACCACCGAACUUGCUACUGGUUGCAGGGGGAACAGUUUUAAAAAUCUGUGAUUUUGGUACAGCCUGUGACAUUCAGACACACAUGACCAAUAACAAGGGAAGUGCUGCUUGGAUGGCACCUGAAGUUUUCGAAGGUAGCAAUUACAGUGAAAAAUGUGAUGUUUUCAGCUGGGGUAUCAUCCUUUGGGAAGUGAUAACACGUCGGAAACCCUUUGAUGAGAUUGGUGGCCCUGCUUUCCGUAUCAUGUGGGCUGUUCAUAAUGGUACUCGACCACCACUGAUCAAAAAUUUACCUAAGCCCAUUGAGAGCCUGAUGACUCGUUGUUGGUCUAAAGAUCCUUCUCAGCGCCCUUCAAUGGAGGAAAUUGUGAAAAUAAUGACGCACUUGAUGCGGUACUUUCCAGGAGCUGAUGAGCCUUUACAGUACCCUUGUCAGUAUUCAGAUGAAGGACAGAGCAACUCUGCCACCAGUACAGGCUCAUUCAUGGACAUUGCUUCUACAAAUACCAGUAAUAAAAGUGAUACUAAUAUGGAGCAAGUUCCUGCCACAAAUGAUACUAUUAAGCGCUUAGAAUCAAAAUUGUUGAAAAAUCAGGCAAAGCAACAGAGUGAAUCUGGACGUGUAAGCUUGGGAGCUUCCCGUGGGAGCAGCAUAGAGAGCUUGCCCCCAACCUCCGAGGGCAAGAGAUUGAGUGCUGACAUGUCUGAAAUAGAAGCCAGGAUCGCUGCGAACACAGCCUAUUCCAAGCCUAAACGGGGCCACCGUAAAACUGCUUCAUAUGGCAACAUUCUGGAUGUCCCUGAGAUCGUCACAUCAGGUAACGGACAGCCAAGACGUAGAUCCAUCCAAGACUUGAGUGUUACUGGAACAGAACCUGGUCAGGUGAGCAGUAGGUCAUCCAGUCCAAGCAUCAGAAUGAUCACUACCUCAGGACCAACCUCAGAAAAGCCAGCCCGAAGUCAUCCGUGGACCCCUGAUGAUUCCGCAGAUACCAAUGGAUCAGAUAACUCCAUCCCAAUGGCUUAUCUUACACUAGAUCACCAACUACAGCCUCUAGCACCAUGCCCAAACUCCAAAGAAUCCAUGGCAGUGUUUGAACAGCACUGUAAAAUGGCACAAGAAUACAUGAAAGUUCAAACAGAAAUUGCAUUGUUACUACAGAGGAAGCAAGAACUAGUUGCAGAACUGGACCAGGAUGAAAAGGACCAGCAAAAUACAUCUCGUCUGGUACAGGAGCAUAAAAAGCUUUUAGAUGAAAACAAAAGCCUUUCUACUUACUACCAGCAAUGCAAAAAACAACUAGAGGUCAUCAGAAGUCAGCAGCAAAAGCGACAGGGCACUUCAUGAUUCUCUGGGACCGCUAAAUUUUAAAAUAUGCAAAGAAAGACUUUUUUUUUAAGGAAAGAAAAUCUUUACAAUGACAAUUCGUGAGUGUUAGCGUUUUGGCGUGUUCUGAAUGCCAAUUGCCUAUAUUUGCUGCAUUUGUUUCAUCGUUUUCCUUUUCUCAUGGUGGACAUGCUCUUCAACUGUCCCCUUGCAAAACAUGGGGGCAUCUGUAACUUGAAUAAGCAGCAGUUCUCAACUUCACAACAGACGCUGUGAACUGUGGCAGUAUAUGCAUGCUCAUUAUGUGAACGCCUUACAAAAACGGGGGGUCAAACUAGCUGCUAUAUGCAAACAUCAUCUUUUUUUUCGAGGUGGAACCUCAAGAAUGAUUUUGUUCUUGUAUCUCAUCUCAAAAAACAAUUUUUUUUCCAAAAGAUGGUAUAUACCAUGUUAAAGACAGGGUAUUAUAAAUCUAGAGUAAAUGGUGGUACAUUAUGGAAAUGCAGAACCUUUAGGAAUAGUUCAAAGUGAGAGCUUUGAAUGCCAACAUCCUUGGAUCAGGAUUGAACUUAGUUCCAUCCAUAAAAUAUUUAAAGGUAAGUGGUGGCUGCUGUAUUUAAUAAAAGCGUAUUUCAUUAGACUAAAAUUUGACUGAUACAUUGAACAAAAUGAAAUCUUUUCUUAAGGUAUAAAGAUUUUAAAGAUUUUUAAUUCUGUUUGCGUGUAUGUGUGUGGAAACUGUAAAGCUUUUAUGACUAUUAAUAUUUCUUAAAUGAAAUUAAAAGGUAAAUGAACGUGAUCCAGCUUAAAUGAUCAUUCCUUCCUGCAAUGAUUAUUGGCUUGUUUUAUUAUAUAUUUGAAAAACUGAAAAGAAAUAACAGAAAAUGGAAAUAAUUGCUCCAGCUAAAAGCCUCGGGCUUAGAUUUCUGUUACAAUACCAAAUAAGUAAAGAAACAGGCAAAUGAGAAGUUAGUAAGGAAGUUAAAGAAGUAAAUAUAAAUUGGUCAGUUAUCCUAUUAAUCAAUAUUGGAGUAAUUGAUUUUCCUUUGCAUCCUAGAAUGCCUGUUACCUUCCAACACUUUUAAGGGCAUUUCAGCACUUAAAAAAAGAGGAAAUUUAUAUUGCUAACAGUAACUUUGCUACCAACUUUGAAAAUAAAAAUAAUAAAACUUCAUUGAAAUAAAAGACUAUAUAUAAGCUCUAUUUUUUCAGUUGGUAUUAUAUCACAUUUUGAUACCAGUACAAGGUGUCUUGAGUAAGGAUGUCAUCACCCUCAUUUUCAUAGCAUUAAUGUUUUAUGAAGAGAAAAUUUUAAAUGAAAGCUGAAAGCAUAAUUGCUAUGAUCACUAGAAUUCUAUCAUGAUUGUAUUGUAGUUUUGCUCUAUUUCAGAUAAGCAAGUUGGCCUAAGAAGUUACCAAAACUAUUCUUAAAAAUGCUAAAUAAAUCAAGUAACUUCUCUUCCAUUAUAGUUUCUUUCUCCCACUGAGUUUUAUAAUGUAUUUCUUGUGUAUACAAGCAAUAAAGGUAAAGGAUAGUUUGUACUAAAA